CCGCGCACCGGUGCACACCCGUGCACACCCGUGCACCCCGCGCACCCCGCGGCCACAGGAGGGCCCAGUGCCGCCGCCGCUUCUGCAGCUCCCUGGGCCCGGCCCGCCCGGCAAUGGCUCCGCUCGGAUACUUCUUAGUGCUUUGCAGCCUGAAGCAGGCGCUGGGCAGCUACCCUAUCUGGUGGUCACUGGCCAUCGGGCCCCAGCACUCCUCUCUGAGCACGCACCCCGUCCUCUGCGCCAGCAUCCCAGGCCUGGUGCCCAAGCAGCUGCGCUUCUGCAGAAACCACGUGGAGACCAUGCCCAGCGUGGCCGAGGGCGUCAGGCUGGGCGUCCAGGAGUGCCAGCACCAGUUCCGCGGCCGCCGCUGGAACUGCACCACCGUGGGGGGCAGCCUGGCCAUCUUCGGGCCCGUGCUGGACAAAGCCACCCGGGAGUCGGCCUUCGUCCACGCGAUCGCCUCGGCCGGCGUGGCCUUCGCCGUGACGCGCUCGUGCGCGGAGGGCGCGGCCGCCAUCUGCGGCUGCAGCAGCCGCCACCAGGGCGCGCCCGGCGAGGGCUGGAAGUGGGGCGGCUGCAGCGAGGACAUCGAGUUUGGCGGGAUGGUGUCGCGGGAGUUCGCGGAUGCCCGGGAGAACCGGCCGGAUGCCCGCUCCGCCAUGAACCGCCACAACAAUGAGGCCGGUCGCCAGGCCAUCGCCAGUCAUAUGCACCUCAAGUGCAAGUGUCACGGUUUGUCGGGCAGCUGUGAGGUGAAGACCUGCUGGUGGUCGCAGCCCGACUUCCGCACCAUUGGCGACUUCCUCAAGGACAAGUACGACAGCGCCUCCGAGAUGGUGGUAGAGAAGCACCGCGAGUCGCGCGGCUGGGUGGAGACCCUACGGCCGCGCUACACCUACUUCAAGGUGCCCACGGAGCGCGACCUGGUCUACUACGAGGCCUCACCCAAUUUCUGUGAGCCCAACCCGGAGACAGGCUCCUUCGGCACGCGCGACCGCACCUGCAACGUGAGCUCGCACGGCAUCGACGGCUGCGACCUGCUGUGCUGCGGCCGGGGCCACAACGCGCGCACCGAGAGGCCGGAGAAGUGCCACUGCGUGUUCCACUGGUGCUGUUACGUCAGCUGCCAGGAGUGCGCGCGCGUCUACGACGUGCACACCUGCAAAUAGGCGGCGGGGCAGGGCUCGCACCUGGGGCCGGACCCCUACGGGGGCGGGCUCCUCCCUCGACGGGGAGGGCUCCUAGCAUGGGGCCGGGCUUCCUGCCUGGACUGGGCAGGGUUCCGACCUGGGGGUGGGCUCCCACCUGGGGCUGGGGCUCCUCUCUGACACGGCAGGACUUAGACAUGGGCAGGUGGGGCUUCGCCCUGGGCAAGGCGGGCUCGUGAAUGAGGGGAGCUUGCUUGACUGGGUGGGCCCCUUCCGGUAGGCCAGGCUCUGGAUGGGGCGGGACUUCGGGGCGGGUUCCUCCCUGGGGGUGGAGCUACCGUGCGAGCCGCGUCUUGAAGGGAGGGACCUUCUUGAACUGGGCGGGUGGAGAAGGGGCUUCCCCCUGGGUGGGUGGAGCUCCUGACGGAACGGGACUCCCGCGGGUGGGACUUUGCGUGGGGCGCGGCUCCUCUCUGAGGGUCGGACUUCUAAGCGAACACUGGUUCCUCAGCCAGGCAUUCAGCCCACUGCCCGCUCCUCUUCUGCCCCCUGAGCAAAGCAGCAUCUCCUGACAAAGCAAGCUGCAGAGGCCCCACGGGCAGUGUAGGAUCCUUGCUUCCAUGCUUCUGGGAUCUGGGAGCCUUUCCCCGAGGCCCGUGCACCCGUCUCUCCACCUAGGAAUCCCACUCUCCCCACUUGGACCCCUCCUGAGGAAAGUCUGCAGCGGCCUCCAGCCCUCCGAUCCUGAAAACCCGCUCAGACCUGGAGAACUGACUUGGUGGAGGGUGGCUGGGGAGGGCUCUGACUCCCGGCGACUGCUUCCCACUGAGGCCUGCCUCUGUCUUGGUCUCCAACACCUCUUCCAGGGAAUGUGCCACUGUUCCAGGCCCCUGGAGUCCCAGUUCUGGUCUGAGGCUGUGCCCAGCCCCCAAGGCUGCUCAGAGAUGAGUUCUGUGCAUCCAUGCGCGACCAUGCCUAGGCAGGGUGUCUCCCUCCCAGCCCCACAUGGCCAACGCUGACCCCCAGGCCUGCUGCUGAGGCCAAGGUGACCAAACCUGCCUGCCAUCAGCCAACAUCCAAGGGCUUUUGAAGUCUCUGCUUGGGCUGGGAGUGAGAGGACACUGGGCCCAUCCAACUGAUGCCCAGGGACUGUCCACUGUGAAUCGUUCCCACCCUCCAGGCAGGAGAGGGACACACAGGGAGGGGUGUUGAAGGCCAGAAGAGGGCACCUGCCGGACCGUCCUCUGCUGGAAUUGUGCAUUCUGGGUCUUGAUUUCAUUUCCGAUGCUGCUAUCACUGGAGUUCGACAAACAGAUGUUACCUUUUUUUUUU